AUGCCUUCCUCCGGAUUCCAAGCCAUGCCCGGAUGGUACUGGCCAGAUGACGUUCCAAAGGAAACCUCGGAUGAGGCCCAGAAUUCUAGUCAGGAUCCACCCCCUUCCCCCACAUCCUCAACUACCGGCGAAACUCCACAGGCGAGACAAGGCACGCAGUCUUCGAGACGUAGGUACUGGCCACCUCGGCAAUGCCGAAUAUGUCUCGAAACUGUGCAGCCUACCUACAAUGUCCCCUCCGAGAACCUGCCGGGCUUUUUUCAAUCUACUCCUAAUGUCACUUAUGAGGACCAGGGAGGUCGCCUUAUACGGCCAUGCUUAUGUAAGGGGUCAGCGAAAUUCGUCCACGAGAAUUGCCUGCAAUCUUGGCGUCACGCAGAUCCUAGCUAUGGGCGUCGAAACUACUGGCAAUGUCCGACCUGUGGCUUUCGUUACCGCCUUGCUCGGUUAGGAUGGGGAAGGUCCAUUGCAAGCGCCGCCGCUCAAGUCAUGCUCACGAGUGUGAUCUUGAUCAUGACUGUCUUUUUGCUUGGUUUUGUCGCAGAUCCAAUCAUCAACAUGUACCUUGAUCCGUGGAGCUACUUAACGCCGUGGUCAAGCUCAGAGCAGUAUUACUACGAAGACGAUGAACCAUCAGGGUGGACGGAGCACUUUCUUAAGGGAUUCACGAGUAUGGGUGUCAUUGGGUUUUUGAAAGUCCUCUUCGCAAGUCCAUUCUCCUACCUUAGACUUGGGGGAGGCAGAGGUAGGAAUACUGGUCGUGACCGGUACGAGCAAAUCAGUUGGAUUAUCAUUCUGAUUGGCGUAUUAACGUUCUUGGUGGCUAUAUUCAAGGGCACUCGAGCUUGGAGUCGCCGUACGCUGGAGAAAGCUGGCGAGAAAAUCAUAGACGUUCAAGGCGACGUUGACGAUGACGAUGAGGAUAACCAAGCUCCUCCGACUUAA